CUCUUCUAAUGAAUUCUUAUAUACCUUUUCUUUUCAUUUAAUAGGAACCCCUGUAUUGUUUUCGUUCAGGAAAGCCAUGGCAAGUAUUUUCUCAGUGAGUGCGCGUUACACGCGUUUCCCGGCGUUUUUGAAUUUUAAAUGAUUGGAAUGUUGAACAUCCAUGCUACUUUCUUAGUCUUUUCCUAUUCCUCUUGAACGUUUUCCAGGAGCAUAUCUCUUCUUGUAUGAAUCUCUUAAAUUCCUUUUUUAGUUUCCAUCAGUUGCACUGAAUUUUUUCUAAAAACCAAGCUAUUUGAAGAAAGAAGGUUUAUUUACUUGGAUAUUUAUUUGGAUUCGUUCACUCAAGUCAUAGUUCGUCUACAGCAAAAUCUUUAACGCAUUUGCUUUCUCGUAUCCUAGACGCAAGUGGUUCCUAAAUUUUUGGUAACUUAUAAAAACAAAUAUGAAUUUUCAAUUUGAAAAAGAAAUUGCUAUUGUCGCUGUCCGUAGGGCUAGCUACUUGACCGAAAAAGUAUUCAACCAACUUAUAAAAGAGAAGAGCGCCGCAGGUGCUCACUCAAAGGAAGAUAAGUCACCUGUAACCAUCGGUGAUUUUGGUGCUCAAGCAGUUGUCAUUUCAUUGCUUAAAGAUGCUUUUCCCAAAGACCCCAUCGUUGGUGAGGAAGAUGCCGACCAUUUGAGAAGCAAUGGAGAAACCUGCUCUCGUGUCUGGUCAUUGGUUCAAGAAUCGAUUCAGCAAUCGAAAGAAUAUAAAGAGUUGGGUCAAAUUAAAGACGCCGAGCAAAUGCUGGCCGUUAUCGAUCAAGGAAAUUACAACGGCGGUCGUGAAGGCCGUAUGUGGACACUCGAUCCCAUUGAUGGUACUAAAGGUUUCCUUCGUGGUGCCCAAUAUGCUAUUUGCCUUUCUUUAAUCGAAAAUGGAAAGCCAAUGGUGAGUGCCAUCAGCUGUCCCAACCUCCCUUUUGACUUCAAGCAGCCCGAAACAAGUCCUAAGGGUAUCAUCAUGUCUGCUGUUCGUGGUCAAGGAUGCUUUCAAUACUCCCUUCAUAAUUUGACUGUCCAACCCUCCCAAGUCUAUAUGAAGGAUGUCCAAGAUCCAAAGGAUUCUAAAUUUUGUGAAGGAGUCGAAGCGGGUCACUCUAUGCAAGGAACCCAAGAAGAAAUCGCUAAAAAGCUUGGGAUUGUUCAUGGACCUACAAAAAUGGACUCUCAAGCCAAGUAUGUCAGUCUCGCUCGAGGUGAUGGAGAUAUAUAUCUUCGUCUUCCUACCAGCAUGACCUUUGAGGAGAAAAUUUGGGAUCACGCUGGAGGCUCCCUCUUGGUCGAAGAAGCUGGCGGUAUCGUAUCGGAUAUGUUUGGUAAACCUUUGGAUUUUGGCGUUGGUCGUACAUUGAAGAGUAACAACGGUGUUAUUGCUGCUUACAAAGGCAUAUUCCAAAAUGUCAUUGAUGCUACGCGUGCCGUCACUUCUCAAGAUCCCCAUUUCAAUAAGGUCUAGAUAAACUGAAGAAGGAAGACAUAAAAGCAGAUUAACUCUUCUUUUUGUUAUAUAAGAUCUUAUACGACUGAAUUUUUAUUUGUUUAUCCAGGAAAAGAAGUGUAAAUUUGUUAUCGUAAUGUUCUCCAUUCUCUGUCCCUUUCCUGAACGAAUUUUUAUCCAGAUUAGAUUUAAAUAGUAAAAAAGAAAAUCCAUUCAAUGGUAGUAAAG